AUGGACGCCAAAGCUCGGAACUGUUUGCUUCAGCACAAGGAAGCCCUGGAAAGGGACAUCAAGACUUCCUACCUCAUGGAUCACAUGAUUUCUGAUCAAGUUCUCAGUUUGUCAGAGGAGGAGAAAAUAAGAAAUCAGCCUACCCAAAAGAAGCGAGCAGCUAUGCUAAUUAGGGUAUUACUUGAAAAAGAUAAUAAUUCAUACAUAUCUUUCUACAACGCUCUACUACAUGAAGGGUAUAAGGAUUUGGCUUUCCUUCUCCAAGAAGGUCUUCCUCUUUCUUCAUAUAAUGGAAAGGAUCCAGUGGAUGGAGUGACUUCAUAUGUGAAGACAGUGCUGUGUGAAGGUGGUGUACCACAGAGACCUGUUGUAUUUGUGACCAGGAAGAAGCUGGUGAAAUCCAUCCAGGAAAAGCUUUAUAAACUGAAUGAUGAACCGGGGUGGGUCACAGUUUAUGGUAUGGCAGGCUGUGGGAAGUCUGUCCUCGCUGCAGAAGCCGUCCGGGACCACAGCCUCUUGAAAGCGUGCUUCCCAGGAGGUGUGCAUUGGGUCUCCGUCGGCCAACAGGACAAAUCUGGGCUUUUGAUGAAACUCCAGAAUCUCUGCACACGGCUGGACCAGGAUGGUGCUUUCUCUCAGAGACUUCCACUUAACCUUGAGGAAGCCAAAGAUCGCCUCCGUUUCUUGAUGCUGCGCAAAUACCCAAGGUCUCUUUUGAUCUUGGAUGACAUUUGGGAUUCGUGGGUGCUAAAAGCUUUUGACAGUCACCAUCAGAUUCUUCUCACAAGCAGAGAUAAGAGUGUGACUGACACCGUGAUGGGUCCCAAAUAUGCUGUCCCUGUGGAGAGUGGCUUAAGAAAAGAAAAAGGACUGGAAAUCUUGGCCCUCUUUGUUAAUAUGAAGAAAACAGACCUGCCCGAACAAGCUCAUAGUAUUGUAAAGGAAUGCAAAGGUUCCCCUCUUGUAGUAUCUUUAAUUGGUGCCCUAUUACGUGAUUUCCCCAAUCGUUGGGGCUACUACCUCAGGCAGCUUCAGAAUAAGCAGUUUAAAAGAAUUAGAAAGUCUUCAUCUUAUGAUUAUGAAGCCCUGGAUGAAGCCAUGUCCAUAAGUGUGGAAAGGCUGAGUGAAGACCUCCAGAAAUAUUACAAGGACCUUUCCAUCCUGCAAAAGGAUGUUAGAGUGCCUACCAAGGUAUUAUGUAUUCUCUGGGACAUGGAGACUGAAGAGGUCGAGGACAUCCUACAAGAAUUUAUUAACAAGUCCCUCCUAUUUUAUGAUCGAAAUGGAAAGUCUUUCCGUUAUUACUUACAUGAUCUUCAAGUAGACUUCCUCAUGGAGAAGAACCGCAACCAACUCAAGGAGCUGCACAGAAAGGUUGUGACCCAGUUCCAGAGGUGCUGCCAGGCACAUUCCCUCCCUUCAGAUCAAGAAGACUCCAUGUACUGGUACAACUUUCUGGCAUACCACAUGGCGAGUGCCGACAUGCGCCAGGAACUUUGCAAUCUAAUGUUUUCCCUCGAUUGGAUUAAAGCAAAGACUGAGCUUGUAGGACCUGCUCAUUUGAUACAUGAGUUUAUGCAAUAUAGACAUUUAUUGGACAAGAAGGAUUGGACCAUCUGUGAGAAUUUUCAAGAGUUUUUAUCUCUCAAUGGACACCUUCUUGGACGCCAGCCAUUUCCUAAUAUUGUGCAACUUGGUCUCUGUGAACCUGAAACUUCUGAAGUGUACAGACAAGCCAAAUUACGGGCUAAGCAGGAGGUCGAUAAAGGGAAACUUUACUUGGAAUGGAUAAACAAAAAAACGAUCAAGAAGCUCUCCCAGCUGGUCGUGCGCCCCCACACAGAUGCUGUCUACCACGCUUGCUUUUCAGAGGACGGGCAGAGAAUCGCAUCCUGCGGUGCCGAUAAAACCCUACAGGUGCUGAAGGCAGAGACGGGAGAGCGGCUCCUGGAGGUGGAGGCCCACGAGGACGAGGUGCUUUGCUGUGCCUUCUCCAAGGAUGACCGCUUUAUAGCCACCUGCUCGGCGGACAGGAAAGUGAAGAUUUGGAAUUCAAGGACUGGGGAGCUGGUACACACCUAUGAUGAGCAUACGGAACAGGUCAACUGUUGUCAUUUUACCAAUAUGGAGCACCACCUUCUCUUAGCCACUGGAUCCAGUGACUAUUUCCUCAAACUCUGGGAUCUUAAUAAGCAGGAGUGUCGGAAUACCCUCUUCGGUCAUACGAAUUCAGUGAACCACUGCCAAUUCUCACCGGAUGAUAAACAUUUGGCUAGCUGUUCAGCGGAUGGAACACUGAAGCUUUGGGAUGUGAGCUCGGCCAACGAGCUCAGCAGCAUCGAUGUGAGGCAGCACUUCCUGUCUGGUGAUGGGCGUCAGGACGACGUGGACGUGGCGGUGAAAUGCUGCUCCUGGUCCAGCGACGGGGUUCGGCUCAUGGCGGCGGCUGCAAACAGGCUCUUGGUUUUUGAUGUCCAGAGCAGGAGCCUGUUGGGGGAAAUCCAUACUGGUCACAGCAGCACCAUCCGCUUCUGUGAUUUCUUUCCCAAGAGCCACCUGGCAGCAGUGGCUCUGUCCCACUACUGUGUGGAGCUGUGGAAUACGGACACGGGUUUCAAGGUUGCUGACUGCCGAGGACACUUGAGUUGGGUUCACUGUGUGGCAUUUUCUCCCGAUGGUUCUUCAUUUCUGACGUCUUCUGAUGAUCAGACAAUCAGGCUCUGGGAGACUAGGAAAGUAUGUAAGAAUUCUGCUAUCAUGUUAAAGCAGGAAGUGGAUGUCGUGUUCCGGGAUGACGAAGUGAUGGUUCUUGCAAUCGACAACAUAAGACGCCUACAACUAAUUAAUGGAAAAACAGGUCAUACCGAUUAUCUGACAGAAGCCCAGAAAUCUCGAAUUAGCUGUUGUUGUCUGAGUCCAGGCCUGCGAUAUGUGGCAUUGGGAGAAGAAGAUGGGUCCAUAAAGAUUCUAGAGCUCCCCAAUGGAAGAGAGUUUCGAUCUCGAAUAGGGCACGAGAAGGCCGUACGCCGGGUGCAGUUCACACCAGAUGGGAGAACCCUUAUUUCGAGCUCUGAUGAUUCCACGGUUCAGGUGUGGAACUGGCAGUCGGAGGAAUUUGUGUUUCUCAAAGCACACCAAGAGCCUGUGAAGGACUUUCGGCUCCUGCAGAAUUCACGGCUCCUGACCUGGUCCUUUGAUGGCACAGUGAAGGUUUGGAACAUCCUUACUGGCAAAGUAGAGAAGGAUUUCAUUUGCCACCAAGGCACGGUUCUCUCCUGUGAUGUUUCUCCCAACGCCACCAAGUUUUCAUCCACGUCUGCUGACAAGACUGCAAAGAUCUGGAAUUUUGAGAGCACUUUCCCUCUUCACGAGCUGAGGGGUCACGAGGGCUGCGUGCGGUGCUCUGUCUUUUCAGGAGACAGCGCCCUCCUGGCCACUGGAGACGAUAAUGGAGAAAUCAGGAUCUGGAGCGUGUCCAGCGGCGUGCUGCUGCAUUCCUGCCUCCCGCUCACCGUGGAGGAAGGAGAGGCCACCUACGGGGGCUGGGUGACCGACCUGCGCUUCUCUCCAGACGGCAGGACGCUCGUGUCUGCGGGCGGCUAUCUGAAGUGGUGGGACGUGGAGAGCGGCGCGUCCUUGCAGACCUUCUACACCAACGGCACCAACCUCAAGACCAUCCACGUGUCGCCCGGCUUCAGAGCCUACGUGACUGUGGAUAAUCUCGGGAUUUUGUACAUCCUGCAGGCGUUGGAGUGA